GUGUUGGCAGACACCUUUCUUUAAUACUGUAUUAUACUUAAUGUUUACAUUGUAUUAAUAAAACCUGUAAUACUGCAAUCAUUGAUAUUUCAAGAACGCUGCAUAAGAGAGUAGAAGGGCUCUUUGCCCUUUGUUUUUGUUAACUCACAUGACAGUUAUAUAACACAGGACUGAACUGUAAUAACAUCAGAGCCUUUACCCAGUGAGAGUUUCAUUUGACUUGCAUUUGACUCAUUGGUCUUGCAAGUAAUUUCCCACAAGUUCCUAAAAUUUUUUUUCACAUCUGUUAUUGUUAACUGAAGACCAUCUGCCAUGACUGUGAACUCAGUUUUGGAGUUGCUAGAUAUCAAGAGCUUUCUGCUCUUUGUGUCUGUGUUCCUGCUUCUGACUGAAAUCCUGAAGAAUAAAAAUCCACCAAAUUUUCCACCAGGACCUUUGCCUCUGCCUGUUUUGGGAAACAUCUUCACUGGCCUUGACAUUAAGACUGUGAAUAAGCUUGCUGAAAAAUAUGGGAACAUUUUCAGUGUGAGGAAGAGCAAUGAGAAGAUUGUGUUCCUCUCAGGAUAUAAAAUGGUGAAAGAAGCUUUAGUCAGUCAAGGAGAAAAUUUUGUUGACCGUCCAGAUAUCCCUUUGUUCAAUAAAGUUUUUAAAGGCAUUGGUUUGAUUUUAAGUAAUGGUUACAUGUGGAAGAAGCAUAGGAAGUUUGCAAGUACUCACUUUAAGUCCUUCGCAGAGGGAAAGAAGACAAUAGAGUUCUACAUUCAACAGGAGUGUAAUUUCUUGUGUCAAGCCAUAGCAGAGGAGCAGGGUGGACCAUUUGACCCAAAAUUCACAAUAAACAAUGCAGUUUCUAACGUGAUGUUUAGUCUAAUGUUUGGCCGUCGUUAUGAUUACAACAAUGAACAUUUCAGAAAUAUUCUGCACUGGGAUAGUGAAUGUGUUGCUUUAUCAGGCAGCAAUCGUGCAAUGCUUUAUAAUGAAUGUCCAAGAUUAUUUGAGUACCUACCUGGACCUCAUCACACCAUUUUUUCCAAUUAUAAAAAAAUUGUUAAAUUCCUGAGAGAAGAAAUAGAAAGGCAUAAGAAGGAAUGGAAUCCAUCAGAUCCUCGUGACUUUGUGGAUGCCUAUUUAGGAGAGAUGGAGAAGAUGAAGAAUGACCCUGAGGCUGGAUUUAAUAUAGAGACCCUGACAAUAUGUACUCUGGACCUGUUUGAGGCUGGAACAGAGUCAGCAGCCGUAACCCUGUGCUGGGGUCUCCUCUUCAUGUUAAAGUACCCAGAAGUGCAAAAAAAAGUCCAGGCAGAGAUAGACAGAGUGGUUGGACAGUCACGCCAACCCACCAUGGCUGACAAAGUCAACAUGCCCUACUGUGAUGCUGUUGUCCAUGAAAUUCAAAGAAAGGCUGACAUUGUACCUCUUGGGUUCCCCAAAAUGGCCACCAAAGACACCACGUUGGGAGGAUACUUUAUACCAAAGGGAACUUCUAUAACCAGCAAUCUGUCCUCGGUAUUGAAUGACAAGAGUGAGUGGGAAACACCAGACAUCUUCAACCCUGGACACUUUCUAAAUUCAGAAGGGAAAUUUCGCAGAAGAGAUGCAUUCUAUCCAUUUUCAGUAGGAAUGAGAGGAUGUCUUGGGGAGAUGCAGGCUCGUAUGGAGUUGUUCCUGUUCUUCACCUCACUGUUUCAGCGGUUCACGUUCUCUUCACCUCCUGGUGUAGAGCCUGACCUGGAAGGUGUGCUUGGGUUCACUCAUGCCCCAAAGCCUUUCAAGAUAUGUGUUAAGGCUCGCUGAUCCCCAGCACAGUGCUAUGAAACCAAUGCGGCAGCCUAUAGAAAGCACUUAAACGCAUCCUCACAGAAACAUGUCUGUACCUGGUUAAAAUGUAAAUUCCUUUUCAACAUUUAUAAUUGUAUUGUAUUGUAAUUGUAAGUACAUCGAAAACUUAUUUGUCUGCAUCUCGAAAUUAAUACAAUUGUGCAAUAGGGUAUAACGUAUAUCAAAGGAUUUUUAUAUAUUCACAGAAACGUUUGUGACUUAGCCUUCAGGAGUGCAACAUCAAGACAGAAGUGCAGCACUUUUAGUGAAAUUACACCGUGUCACACAGUGCUAAUGUUGCAGGUUGUUGAUGCAGAAGGACUACACACUAAUACAGCAAUACAAGAAAAUUAUACAAAAUUUUUCUUUGCAUGAACAGUACAAUGCAGUACAAUGAUGGAAAAGGAUCUGCACAGAUGAUGAACUGAAAUCGACAAUAAACAAAAAACAUGUUCAAUA